GAAGCUGAUUAAGAUCUGAGGGGAAUCUUUAUUGGUUACAGCAAUGUCAAUUAUUUUUCAAAACCUGAAGAUUUUCUCCUAAACUGAAAGCUUCUUCUAUAAUCUUUAUGGAAUGUACUGCUUCAGAUUUUGUCACCAUGAUGUGGUCUUUCACUGGAUGUAUUAGGAAUAUGGAACUUUCAGUUACUCUAGCUAAAACUUUUCCCUUUCAAGUCACCUCUGUCUUAACCUUUGCUUUAGUUCUUUGCAAUAUUUCAGGGUGACGUGUUUUGAAUUCAGAAGACAGCCUAAUACUAUGGGAGCAGUUGGAUGUCAUCCCCUUGUAAAUCAGCAGGAACUUAGUUGUGCCAAGUUCCCUUCUUUCCAUUUAUUUUGAAUUUUAUCAGAACUUGUUAGUUACAUCUUAAGUCCAAGUAGCUGGACAAGUGUGAGAAUCUUAGUUUAAAUAGAAAAUUCUAUCUCCUGCAGCUAGAAAGAACACACCAAAAAUGUGAUUUAAAUGUGCUCCUCAACUCAGAGGCUAGGUGGCAAGCAAAAGGAGUGUCCAAAUGAAAUGCACAUUCUUCUCCUGUCUUCAGUCUUGCUGGAGUUGGUGGAGCUGCAGUAUGAUUUAUAACCCUGGACCUGUGAUCAGGUGCAGAUCACAGCUGUGGCAGCUCAGCUGCUGUGGCAGCUUUGGCCCUGGCCUGCUGUCCCCACAGCUCACAUUGUUCCCUGGGUUGUUCCUGGGUUCUUCCUGGCUUCUGGAGCAGCAGUGCUGCUGCAUCUCAUUCUUCCUGAUGGCUUAGGCAAAGGCUGAAUCUGGCCCAUAAUCAGAAAGGCUUGUGGAAAAAAAGCCUUCCUUAGGAGUAUAAGUGAACUAAAGAACCAGUUAUUGUUCACCCAUCCACAUUUAACAAAUAGACAGUACAAUAAUUUCUUUUACUCAAGAGGACUAAUAAUGAACAUGGCCCAUACAUUUCAAAGAGUCUUGUUAUCUAAAUUUCCUGACCAAACGAAUAUCUUUGCUGCUUAAAGCAUUUUUUUUUGUAGUUUACUACUACUUUGUCUCUAUUUCUUUUCAGGAUAGAAAAAUCACCAGAGCUCAGGUGGGAGGCUAUGCAGUAAUGUGUUUGUAAUCAACGUAUUAGUUAAUCAGCCAUGAUUUAUUAAUGAUGAAUUAAUUAUACCUGAUUGUGCAGUUCUGCUGCCUAAAUGGAGCUUUAAAGGAGUUAUUUUAUUAAUCAUCAUUGUCUAAUUGCAGACAUUUACAGAAAGAUUGCUAAUUAAACAUGCAACCAUAUGCAAAACAACUAAGGCUGCUGAGAGUGGCAAGAAAAAGCACUUAUUUUCUGAGGAGCAACUUUAUUCUGAAAUAUUGUGUAGCUGACCAGCUGAUCCUGAUUAUUCACUAAGACUUAUUUUAAUGUAUUGCACAUUUCAGUUAACAGUAAAGGAAAUCAGUUGUGACAAAUUCUGUCUUCCCAUAUAAAAAAAUAGGUUGUGCAAACUUAAAGUAAUGUUAUUUAGAACUUGUGUGGCCUUGUUUCACAUCUUUUUGCAGAGGAUUUGUUUAGUGUUUGUGGUGCAGAGGAUUUGCAGAACUGUUUUGUGCUGCUCUCCUAAUUAAGACUGGUGGCAUAGAGAUGUGUUGAACCAAGAGCAAAUCACAUGAAGGGAAAUACAAUUCCAAAAAUUCCUGUGCACUUGAGUGUUAUUUAUUGUGAGAGAGUCCAACAGAAGCUUCAGGCCACUGUAAGGCUGGAGUAAAUCCAUGGCUAGAUCCAGCAGCCCAGACGUGAACAUUUAAAUGCCCUUUUGCUUAUUUUGCUUCUUAGGCAUGUGCCUCUGCAGGGACACACUCAUGUAGGGGCCAGGAGGAAAGCAGAAAGCCAUGAGGAAGGAGGCAAAACAGGAAAUUUUAGUGAGGAACAGAAACCAUACCAAAAUCUAUUGCUAUGGAAAUGAAUGUAGAGCUUAAAGGGAUGUAAAGAAAAUGGGAAUAAUUCAAUAAGCCAUUUAACAGGUUUGCCUAUAGGAGUCAUGAAACUACUUUGCACUUCUUGUGCAUUAUUUAGAUGAGAAUAGACAGAAAACAUACAUUAAAAGGUGUUAUUAAAUUUGGAAAGUUUUGCAAGAAUAGGAAAUUAUAAAGACUUCAUGAAUGUGCACACAGUAAGAGGUCAUAGAAAGGAGCCAUGUGUUCCAUAAGGGAUAGGAAGGGAAAUUAGCAACAGAUGAGGCAGUUAUUUCUGGGAAAGGAAAGAUUUCUUUGUCUCAGUAUUCAUCAGAGUGACAGGGAAACAUGCCGGGAACAGAGGGAACCUUCCCAGAAGUAAAAAAAAACAAAACCAAAACCUAAAUUAAAAUAAAGGCUGAUGCUGGGUCAAGUAAAAAUUAAAUUAGUUCAAUUAAAAACUGAAAAAUCUGCCAAUUAGGCACAUUUUAUUCUCACAUCUAUUUUUUUCCCCCAAGGAGUAAAUCUGUCUUGAAAUUAAGAGACUUAAACAAAAACACAGAACAAGGGAUUUUUCUCAGUUGCUGAGUCACUGUCCUUUUCUUUCCUGAAGUUUACUGCAAACCAUAAAUAAAAAUUUCCAAAGAAUAGGAAAGUGGAAGAAUAAAACCUAGGAUAUGACCAGAUAGUCAAUGGUGUGUAUGGAUUUUUUCCCUAGGAAGUUGGUCUUAGACUAAGACAUUUAGAUUUAAUGUCUAAAGCAGAACAUGAAAAACAAAAAAAUUCUCUGUUUUUUUUUUUUUUUUUUUUACUUGGGUUUUUCCUCGUUGAUUGGGAAUGAAGGAUAUUCCUUGGAUUUUAAUGCUGUGAUUCCUAUAAGCCCAAGGUUUAUUCACAUUGCAGUGUUCUGUGACUUUUUUGGUGGUACACCCAAACCAGGAAACUGCUUCCCUGUGUGUCAUUUUUGUGCUGGUAGGAGUUACAGGCAGGUAAAGUACAUGAGGCAAACCCAAGGAAAAUUCUGCAGAACAUUUGUGGGAUUGUGGAGAGGCUGAGGUGAAGGAGCUGAAGGAGGUGUGUGAGGAGCAGGAGGUGCAAUGCCUGAGUGGAGACAAUGUGGGCACUGUUCAAACCCUUGCACAGCCAGUUUGGAUGAUGUGGCAGUCAGGUUGGGAGAUGCUAGGCCUGGGAAGAGAUGAUGUGGAUUACAGCAGAGCUGGAGCAGGGUGUGAGGUGCAGCAAAGCCAGGAACCUGAGUCUGACUUCAAAUGUCUUCUUUAUUGACCUUUGCUGUGCUUUGGAGCCAAACCAAAGGGGACUGACCAGAGUGCCCAUCCUACCAAGGUGGGAAAUUCCAGCUGGAAUUCUUGAAAUUUUUUUCUGUUUCAGAAAGCUUCCUUUCUCCAUAACUAAUUAUGGCUAUAAACAAAAAUAAAUUAGAAUCUUCACGGCUAGAAUCAUUUCAGUCACCCUUAUUUAGGAAGAAAUGGCUCAUUCCUGAACAAUAUAAUUCUAUUUUAAGAACAGACUUUUGGGCUUUAUUGUGUUUACACAAUAGCAGCUUUCUAAAGAUGUGUCUGGUUGACUUCCAUAAUUAACAUCACAGCCUCUUUUCUUAACUGUAUUUUUAAGGAUUAUGGGCAUUAAAAUUUUCAGAGACCUUUCAGCAGUCAGUUAAUAGCAAAAAUGAACAAAGUACCCUGUUAAUAAUAAACUGCAGGCACUUUUUAAUAAAGUUACAAUUUCAGCAGAAAAAAAAUGUAGAUUAAAAGGAAACACCUGCUCCUGUAAAUUACUAUGCUGCAGGUACCAGCCCAGGAGACUCUGCAGAUGGUUCUGUAUUUGCAAACCUGACCUCCCCACCCCUUCAUCAAUCUCUCACCGAUUGAUUCUCUCCAGAGCAGAACACACCAUGUCCCAAGGUACUAGAAGACACCUUUGAAUUAAAUUAGUUCCAGACAGAAUACCAGUUAAUUGGUAUUUCUGUUUCAUUUUGGAAGUUCUUAACAAAGGAUUUGAUUGUCUUAUUGAGCACUGGCACUGACUGAAGAGCAGUGCAGCCAGUUCCAAAGGGAACUGUAUGUAGAAGGUGGUCUUUGCUGCAUUCCUGGCUGAUUGGGAGUGUGGAUUAGGUUGUGUUAUGCCUUAGGAUUUUGAGAUGGAGAAAAACAAAGUGGGAUCUUGAUCCUUAGAACAGUACAAUAUGAAUUCAUUGCUUCUGUUAGGCUUUCCUGCCAGCCAAGGAAAAGCAGGAGAUACCUUAAGUUCUGUGUGUUUGUUUCCUCUCCUCAGUUGUUUUCAGGCAUCUUGUUCUUUUAGUGACAGCUGACACUGAUUGUGGCAGUCUUGUCUUAACUAGGAGAAAUCUUCUUACAUGGUUCUAACUGGGCCUGUGCAAAGGCCUUGUGCAAUUUAUUGAAACUUUUUUGCUUUGGGGGAGAAAAUAUCAACACCCUGUCUGGAAAACAGCCUUGCUGAAAAAAGUAGAGACAGGCUCAUGUCUCCUGUCCAGCCACACAUACAUGUUCCUGUUUUGUCACCCAUAUUCCUCGCAAGUUUUCCUCGUGUUUGACUUUAAAAGCAUCCCUAAUUCUUCAAAUCAAUAGCACUUUCAUCAGAGGCACAUUUUUCUGUGAGUCUGAAUUACACAAGUGUAAUUAUUACUGUGGUCAGACUUUUUUUUUUCUAAAUUGUAAGAAAAAAAAUUAAUACAUAUCUUUUCACUUCUCAAUUGGAUGUGAAUAAGGCCAGCUGCAAUGGAAAUAGAGCUGCCUUCCUGCAUUUUUUAUGGGAAUUAAAGUCCAUGAGUAAUUGUUUACAUAAAUCAUGAUGUAUGCAAUUAAAUAAGAAUGAUUGUGUAAUUUAUUUUGUGUGGAAAGAAGGAAACUUGUAUAACAGCAGUGGCUGAAAAUAUUUCUGUAAAAAAUUAUUAGAACUCUUAAUUUAAAAUUUCCACUGUGAUAAUAAUUAAGUUCCACUAAGAUAAUAAUUUACUUUCCCAUUCUCAAGUUUGUAGAAUUCAAAAAUUCAGAAGAAAACUUCACUGAAAUCUGAUACAAUGCUGACUUUCAAGACUCUUGAAAUCCUGAAAUAAGGAAUUAAGAGAAACAAUUCGCUCCAUGGGAGAAAAAAGGCAAUACCUAGCUUUUAGAUAUCAAAUGUUCAGUCCUUUUGCUGUGUACAUGGAGUGCAGUGAGAUUUUUUUUCCUCCUAGCUGUGGCUUAUCACUUUAUUCUAUUGUGCCUGAUGGGAAACAUUGUCCUUUGUGCAUUCUGAGCCAGCAUUAACUAUUAGCAGGCAUGACAUUAAGUGUUUCUUUAUUCACAACUGCCUUUGCUGGUAGCUUUUAGGAUACACCUGCCACCUCCAAUUCAUUAGAGCUCACAAAUGUGACUUGGGAGAGCUGAAAAUCUGGAACAUCAAAUGUUACCAUGUGCCUAACUAGAACAUCUUAAUCUUUUAGAAUUGCCUCUCUUUGAUGGGGAAACCUCUGUGGCGUCCUGCUGUCCAUCCAGACAAAAGAGCAGAUGUGGAAUAUGAGUGUGUGCGUGGGCCCUCAGCUGUCUGGGCAGGGUGCAGAGCAAGAGAGCUCCAAGAGUUCCUCCUUAAUUUGGAAAGCAGUAAUUGCAACAUCAGCCCUUAGUGUAAACAUUUACUUAAAGUGACUGAGGAUUACUUAGUUUGCAUAACAGUUAAAUUAUAAAGUAAAGAUCUAGUGGUAAAGUACAAUAAAAUUGAAGUUAUAUAUAUAUAAAAUAUUUUAUAUGUGUGUGUAUAUAUAUACACAUCAAUUUGUUUAAAGGUUUCCUUUUCUUUCACUCAUAUACUAGAUCUUUGCCAUUUUUGAGUAAGUUUCAAAUUUCAGAAGAUAAAGAUAACCUUACUGUAAAGGUUUUUUCAAAAAAAGCUAAUAAAACUGAGCUUAUGGAAAAUAGAAAGAUUAAACACAUGUCCUCCCAGAUGAGGUGAACAUGAACAAGUCACUUUCUAGUUUACAGCGUUAUGCACUGUGGUCCUGGACAACCAAACCUUAUAGCUAUUUUUCCCUUUGGAUACUGGAUUAGUCCCAUUAGCUGCAGUAAGAUUGCAGAAACACAGUGAAGUUAACAUAAAUGGGAAAUUAGUAUACAGAACAUCAAAUUACAAUUCUCGUUUUCUUUCAUAAUGGGAUUUUUGUGAGACUUUUCAUCACUUAACCUUCUAAAACAUUGUCAUGGAAUAUUUAUGUGACAAUUCUUACAUAUUUCUAAGAGAAAAGAAACUAAGUCUGCAGCAGUGAUAGUAUAUCUUUAUGGACAUACAAUAUUUAAAAUGCCACGAGAGUGGAUUUUUGAUUUACAUAACUGAAUACAUGAAAUCUGAAUUAUAUAUAUCAAAAUCAUGUGAUCCAUUAUUUAAAUAAUUUAACUGAUUAGAUAUAUAUUAUUCUUCAUUUAAAUAAUUUAACUGAUUAGAUAUGUUCUAUAUGUAUUUUAUAGAUACAAAUUUAAAUAUAAGUGCCUAGAAGAAGGCACUUAGCUGAGAAAAUGGAAUUGAAAACAUUUUACUAGGUCUGUUAUUAACUGAGAAUUCUUCUCUCUCAUUUUUAUGAAGCAGCACAUGACAGUUCAAAUCCUUGAAAAUGUUACUGAAAAUGCUAUCACUUCUUAUUUGUACCUAUUUCCUUGGUAGUUAUAUUUACUUUCUGUAUUUCUUCAGUGCAAAAGUGAAAGUUAAGAAAGCUUCCAAACAAAUAUGUGGGCUGCAUGGCUCUUACCCCAGAAAGGCUCCUGUGAAGUGCUCUGGCAACUGAUAGGAAGUACAUUUAUGUAACAGUUCUGCAAAUAUAUAAAGUGAAGGAUAAUCGACAAAAGUCUCAUUUGUGUAACAGCUUUGACCCAUUAGGGGCUUUUAAAUCAUGCAUCACUGGCUUCAGGGUUGCUGUUGUCAAGCUACUUACAGAUCCUAGUUAAAUCAGGCAUUUCGUAUUUUUGCCCUCAUUCGCCUUUGUUUACCAGCAGGAGACAAAAUAUUUAAUUAGUUUUGGGGCAUUUAUAAUCUCCUCUGGGCCAGCUCCAGCCACAAAGCUGGACGCCACUCCCGAGUUAAUUCCAGCCAGGCUGGCCCCUCCACUACAACAUAUGGGUAACCUCUGAGCCUUUAGCAAAAGUUGCAACUGAACUAUGAGAGGGGUGGGACCUCCCCGCUGGGAAAAUGCUGCCACAAAGCAGAGAGGGGCCAGCGUCACCAGGGCAGGUCAAGGCAGCACUUAGACCAAACAGCAUCUGGCAAACUGUGCCAAGUAGAAAUCAAUGAGAAGCAGGGCGCUGGGUAGUAAUUUUAUGCCUGUUUACACAAGAAAAUAACUCCUUCUGAAGUGAAAAAUGAUUUUAUAAAAAGGUUACAGCAUCCUUUGGCAUCACUCUCUCUGUUGUUCCUUCUUGUAUUUUUAUUAGUCAAUAAACUGAUCUAUACACGAUUUUGUUUUGAGCAAGCAACAUUAACUGUAGCAUUAAUUAUGUUUUUGGGAGAUGAGGAGUUAUGAGAGUCUUCUUCCUAAUUGGCUAGGAACCAGCUGUAUAACUGUAAUUCAUUUCCAAGGUACAACAAUCAGUCAGAGGGCUGGAGAAGAAAUAAAACAAAGACACUUUCUAAUCUUAGGGACUGUGUGUUCCUGCUACUGCAAACUGUUGCAGCUCAGUCCAUUUGAAACCUUCCCAUGUUUUAUUAUUGUCACUUUCUACUCCUGCCUGUAUCUCUGCUUAUAUCUCAUCUUGUGGCCCUUGUUUUUUCCCAUUGCCUUUUAUCACUUUUCUUUUUUCCCUGAAAUUCCAGGUGCUGCUGUCUAAUAUUGUAAGCAGACUGCCUUUAAAUUCAGUGAGAUUACUUUGGGCUGAAUAUUAAAUAUAUUCAGGUCUUUAGAGGUUCAUGGCAUUAGGUACUAUAUUUUAUUCCACACAGAGCUUCUUCCUUUUCUGCUUCUCAAAAAGGAGACCAUUCUCUACUGGCUUUUGUUUUUUGUCUACUUGUCAAGAAGUAUUUCUGUUUUCAACAAAUUCCACCCUCAUUUUCAUCCUUAAACUACCUUGUAUUGUUCUGCACAUCCAUUAUUUCUGUUCUUGGAGUGAAGCAGGUUGCAGGUUUCAAGUCACAAGUCAGUGUCCCACGAGUGGAUGGCAGCACUCAUUUCCACCUCUCCUUGGGUUUUGUGGCAACAGGUGCAGGGAAGAGGUCAGCUCCAGUCUGAGGUCUUUAUCCUUCUUGAUAGAGAAUAGACAGUAGAGAGGGACUUUUCACUGUAGGAAAGAAUUGAGGAAAUCAACGUUUUUGGUGUAAGGAACAACAAGCAGAAUGUUCAGAGUGGCUGUCAUUGGUCCUGUCCCCUGGACAGUUGGCAUGUGAGGGAAAAAACCUCACUAGAAGUGAGAUGGACUAGCUGUUCAUGUCUGGGGAGAGAAAUGGUGCUUUCACUCAGGGAGUGCAUUUUUUUCACAGUUGGAAAUGAUGCAGAAAAGUUUUAAUAAAAUAGGACGUAAUUCAGUAAUAAAAUGCUGCAAUUUUUUUCCUGCUUUUGAAGUACACCAAACUCCUUGCUUGACCAAAAUCUGCAUGUGCAAGCAGGUUUUUUGUUUGUUUGAUUGUAAAUAAGAUUUUUUCUGAUGAGGUAUUUGGGAAACUCAGUGGGAGCACAUUCUUACACUCCUCUCUUUUGAUACCAUGACACACAUUUUAUAUCUGCCUUUCUCUGCUCCUUUUUCCCCUCAGGAGUAAACAGAAAGAUCCACUCCUGUAACAGCUCUCUCUUCCAUAGGCUGUGCUUAACUCAGUUCAUUGCCAAUACCAAAGCCUGUAGAUACUGUAUGAACAGGUUUAGUUCUCCUGUGUAUCAGGAAUACAAUCCCCAGGGAUUAAGAGAAAGAAGGUUAUCAAAAAAUAAAAAGGGGUUGUUUGUUCACACCUUGAUAUUUGAUCUUCAACAGCUGGGAAGAGUCUUCUAGAAAAUUAAUUUUGUUCCAUGAUGAAUUUCCAUACUGUCUCUCAGCAUAGUUACCCAUUCAGUUUCUAUUUUUAGGACUUUUUGUAGGCUUUCCACUCAAUUCCAAAGGAAAAAAAUUAAAGGCUAACUUGUGAAUGGUCCUGGUAUUUUUUUAAAAUGUAGAGCAAAUGAAAUUGAGGGGUUUUUUAGCAGUGAUUGCAAUAAUGUUAAUGUAUUUUUUGUGCUUCUGAUGUCAUAGCAAAUAGGUAAUUUAAGAGUAACUAACUACAAUGUAAGAAAGAUUGUCUUUUCACAAGGUUGGUGUGGGGAACUGGCUCAGUCUGAGGCCUCCCAUGCUGGUGUUUGGGAGGAAGCAGCUCCUAGGGACAGAAAAGCCAUAACACCACCUGAUCCAGCAAAAGGCUGACCUGUCAGCAGGUAAAAUGUAAUAACAAAUCAUACUUUCUGCUUGAGGCUGUCUGACCAUGUCUGUUGAUUAAGGAAGAGCACAGCUGAUUUCCUAUUAAAAUAUUUUGGUUCAUCCAUUCUUUGCAGCAAGCUUGGGAUUUUUGGUUUUGUUUCAUUUGUAGCAGUGGUGUUGCUGCAGUGUCAAGCAUUCCAUUCAAUUCAGCUACAUUUAUAAAGUUCUAAAAACAUGUGCACACAUCCUAAUAUACAGGCAGAUUCAUAAAUAGUUGGGCUUUCGCUGUUGCCACCUCUGCAGAAGCUGUUUGGAAUAAAACAUUUCUGGUUUGAGGCUAAAAGGACCAGCCAAUGGCAUUUGGAGGGCAGUGGGCACAGGGGGUAAACAUGAGAGCUGCCAUCCCUGUAACCUCAAAGAGCCCCUUGUAUUUUACAGAGGUGACUGUGAUGCACAGGUGUGAGGAAUGGGCAGGGUGAUAACUGGAUGAGAGACGCCUGAAAAAGUUAGAAAAGAGGAGGGGAGAAUAGGACUAAGGUAAGAGCCUCAGAACUGAGAGAUGAACAACCUCUGGAGAAUUGCUCUCUCCAGACUCUGGUGCUGAACCCAGGAGUCCUGAGUUUAUAAUUCCUUCUGCUGAGAGGAAAUGUGGUCAAAUCAGCUGAUGGAGUAUGUCCUGACCAUCUAUUUCAUCUUUCUAAUCCUGAGGUAUCUGAUCUAUGAAAAGAUAAUGAUCUACCACUUGUGCUGCUGAUUACCCUGUUAGAGGUUUUAUAGAACAGCUUAGGAAAACAUCUAUUAGAGAUCACAGAAACAGUAAUUCCUGUUUGGAAUCAGGAAGAUAAAAUAGAUUCCUUCCCUCAUCUGGUUCAUGGUGUAGAGCAUGCACAGUGCUUUUAAUAAUUCUCAAGCUAUGGAAGACUAAUGGAAGGUCUUCCCUGGAAGACUCUUGUCUCAUUGAAACUGAGUAUAUAGGAAAAUAAAAGGUGUUUAGAGAAACUUUAAAUAAAUGGGUUCUGCUCUUGCCUGUGUCAGAAUGCCUAUGUAAUGCUUAACAAGUAAAUUUAACUUCUUUUAAAAUUUGUAUUGCCCAGUGGUACUGGAGGUAGUGCUGCUCAAGUUAAUUCACAGCUGAAAGAUGAACAGAGAGUCAGUAUUUAGCCAGACUAGUUGGUUCAGCUGUGGAACAAAGCUGCCACAGCUGUGGUCCUGCAGCAGCCAAGCUUCCUUGCCCAGUUCUGCUGGAGCAGUGAGCGUUGUGCCAGGUUGCUGUGUGUGCCCUGGUGUGUUGUAGGUUCCCUUGUGAAAAACAUCAGGACAGCUUUUGCAAAUUGCUGAGCAGUGCAGGUGCAGCUGGUCUUGACAAACAACUGUAUUUUUAAGCACAUGCCAUGUGUGUGAUACUUGGAAAAUUCACUAGCUUUGUAAUACCUCAGAGCUUUUUUGCUGCUCUUGUGGGGCAGUGGGUUGCAGUGUCAUUCUAGGUGGAAACUUCUUUCAUCAUCUAUUGUGUGCGUAUACAAAGAUAACUAAUGUAGCCAAAUUCAAUAUAUAAUGUUAGGUGAACAGUUAAAUGUUCAAGACACAUUCCUCUAGUAAUGUGGUAAGAGGACUCCUUUCUCCUUUUUUGUUUUUUUAAGAGGUUUCUGACCUCCUGUUUCAAAAAAAACCCCUGAGGCUUUUUUGAGCCUCACCUGGAGGAGGUGAGAAGGAUAAUGUGAAACAGAAGAGAAAUGGUGAAUUGAGGAGUGGUAACUGGGAUGGCAGAGAGAGCCUGAGGUGCAGCUGGGACAGUUACCUGGCUGCUGGGAAGGAGAGCUCAGCCCAGAGAGCCUGAGGAGGAAAGGGAACUGCUCUGUUACUUUAUAGGAAAAGGUGUCCAGUGCCAGGGUGGGAAGCCCCAGGUGAAAUGACUACAAACUCCUCCCGCAGCUGUUAUUGUUAUUCCAUUUCCAGUGUUAGUUACUAACUGUCCCUGCAGGAUACAACAUUCUCUAGUGAAUUUUUGGGUUUGGAUCCUUCUGUAGCUGUGACAGGGACAACAAUGCAAACAACCAAGGCAGGAAAAGAAGUGAUUCUGCACACCAUGGAUUUCCAGCCUGUCUUGUGAGCUGUGUCAAGUGUUGCAAGAAGUGGGGCCCUUAAGGAUGGCCAUGCUUUGGUAGUUUCCCACCUGCUCUUAAUUAGGCAGCAUAUAGCAUGCCAUCCCUUCUGCUUUGCUCAGGGUGAACGGCAGGGUGAGGAGUCCUGAGCCUUUUAGAAAGGUCCUACCUGGGAGGAAAUAGUUCUGCCUGGAAGGGAGAGGUAAGAUUCUUGUUUUGAUACAUUGCUUGUAUAUGUUUUUGUAAAUAUAGGUAGAGAAAGUAGGGAGGAAUUAGAGUUUAACCAGAAAUAUUGCUUUCACUUCAUUUUAAAUUUAUAUCUGGUCCCAGUCAAUCCCCAAUAAAAGUAAUAAAAGUAAUUAGAUCGUGUUUUUCAUAGUAGUACCGGUGAAAGGCAUCCAUCUCUUAGUGGGUGCUGCACUAAUUGCAUCUGCGUUUUUAACUUGGAUACCUAGCAGACAAUUUUGAAUGGGUUUAUGUAUGUAGUCAUAAAUCCUGAAACUACCUAAUUUCUUUAAUGGACUGAACCUCUCCUUAAUUUUCCUAAUAUUGGUGGUGACUUGAAGUUGCUAAAAUAAUCUGGUUUAUGACUGAAAUAGCAUUCUUAUCUGUCUCUUGUUUUUCUCUGAGUGAAACAUAAUAUUUUGAUUAAUGAUACUGGUUUAGAAUUAAAAUAUGACACAGGAAUAAUGCUGCAAGGAUCAUGGAGUAACACUACGUUGGUACCUGCAUAGUUAGAGAAUCAAAGAUUGAAAUUUGAGCAACUGGGUAGACACAGAACUUCUUUCUGGUGAUGUUGGUGUUUUUCUGCCUCAAGAUUAUGAGGAAAAAAAAGAGUAAAAGGGAAUUUUUUGGGAAAUGAAACCCAUUAAACUAAUAUAAGUUAGGAUUUAAGAAAAAGUUUUAGCACCACAGCAAUUUAUCACAUCAGGAUAUAUAGUAUCUUUUAAAAAUAAAAUGUAAUAAAAAUAUUGAUAAUAAUGUAAAAAUAUUUAAAAUAGUAAUAUAUAUGAGGAAUUAUUAAAAGUAAAGAGAGGAGGGAAUAAGAUUACAUAAGAACUAAUUAAGACAAGCUGAAAUAUACAGGAAAUCAAACUGAGUGAAGGAAACCUGUGAAAAUUCCCAUAGAUACCCUUUCUCUUACUCACUGAGCAAUAAAGCAGAUUAUUUUUUAGUUUGAGGUAACACUAUGAUAAGGCUAUGCAGUGGGGAUGUGCAAAUUAACUAGCUUGUAUGAAUAAGACCUUGAUACAUUUUUUAUUUUGCUUUCAUAAAGCAGGAACUUUACAAAAUUUUAAGUUAUGAAAACCAGGUAUUUUGAUAAGCCAGCAUUUUUUAGCUUUGCCUAUGAGCUAUAAAAUCCUAUUAUUAGUCUAAAGGGAUCUGGGCUCUUGUCCUGUGAUUUGAUAGUAAAUCAUUUAAGCAGAAGUUUACAGCGUGUUCAGUAGGAGAGAUAAAUCACAGCUUCUCUCCUGAGAUUACAGCAGUAUGUUAGUCAAAGCAUGAUGAUGGUGGUGAAUCAAUUAGGGAGGGAGAAUUAAGAGCACUGCUGUGUACUGGCUUACUGUGCAUUAGUGAAGGAGAACACAAAAUUUCUGAAUCACUGUGAUUUUCAAUAAAUUUGAAAUCUUCAUUAUAAUUUAUACUUUCAAGACAUAUUAGAUUAAAAAAAGAAAACUGCUGCUGAGUGAAAAAAUACAGUACUCUAUUUUAAAUUGGAGCUUUUUGUGUUUAUGGCAUGAUGUUAGCAGCACUCUUUAAGAUGAAGAGUGAUUAACUACCUGAAUUGAGUAGCAGCUCUCAUGAGAACACACAGUAUUUAUUAACUUACAGAACACCUUAAUUCUCUGGUGUUCUUUUACAUGAAAAAUUGUUUGACAUUCAUUGUAAGAGACAUAGGGUUUAACCAACAGACUUAUUAGGGCUAGAAGGCUGCAGGAGCACUGAAAUAUGCUUUAGCAGUAGCACGAAGAUCAGAUGGGGAUCUUCUCUACUGCACAUGCAGUGCUUCCCAUGGAGCAUCUUCAGAAACAGAAAUCUCACAAGCUCUAAUUGCUGAUCCUUUAGGGAAGACAUAUGUUUCUGUGGGUUUUUGGAGGGAGCUGUUCUCACACAGGUCAGAAAGUGGCACUUUAGCGAGUGGUAGUGGCUCUUUAUGUUUGGAGAACAGGUCAGCGCACACAGAUAGCCGAGUGGAAAAUUUCUAAUGAAACGUGACCAAGUUGCACUUCUUUAAAAAUUGAAGAAGUGGCAUACAUUUUGAUAAUGGGAUAAUGGAGACUCCCUACCCCACCUAUCAUCUCUGCUCAUGAUCAUUAGGAUGCGGAAUAUUAAGAGCAGAGCAACUGGGCGUAACAGCCGACGUCCAACAUCUGUCAUGCUGGAGUCCAUUAGUGUUCAAUUGCAUCCUAUUGUUUUUGGAUUAUUCAACCUCAUUUCAUUGGCAUUGCUUUUGCUAGGGAUUAAUCAGCUGUUUACAACUACACCAAGUUUUGGAGUCAUGAUGAAAACAAUUGAGCUAUAGUUCUAAAUAAAUAUACAGUGUUCAGUCUCUGAUGAAAAAAGUUACUAAUUUAUGAAUGCUGGUAACAAUUUAAUUAAGUUUGAAAUCAAUACAGAUAAUAAAUCAUUGUGUGGCAGGGUUUUUUUUUCCUUUUGUGUACAUCAUAAAAAGAUCAUGUGAUAUUUCCUUGUAAGUUUAUGUAGUUGUGAUUUUAGUACAAUACAAGUACAGUAAAAGAAAGAUGUUGUUAUUAUGGGGCAGGGGUGUGUGUAUAUUGUGGCUCCUCUGGCAUCUCAGUUAUAGCAGAAUUGAUCCCUUGCUGCCAGAAAGCAGUUUUGUUUUUCACAUCCUCUUUUAUUCUUGUCACUUAUUUAGAGAUAUUACUAAAAAUACACCUUUAAUUCAUGUCAAAUACGCAUAUAUACUUUAAUAGGGUGUAUUAAAAAGGGCAAUUUUCAGAUGAUUAGUAUGCUUACAUAUUUUUGUGUAUAACUAUCAUAACCCAUCUAAAUAUUUUUGCAAUUAUUACAUAAAUCUAUUGCUACAUUUUAACUGUUUAAAUGUAUUUAAAUUAUUCUAAUGACUUUGAGUUUGCUGACAGGCAAAUAUAUAAUCCCCUUUUUUCUUAAGAUAUUACUCUGGUUGCAAUGUUGUGUGCUUUCUACAACAUUAAAAUUGUGAAGGUUGAGGGGUUUCUAAUAAUUUGAGUUUACUUAUUUUGGUACCAUAUGUGCAAAACUGUGGCAUUCUUGGCUGUGUAUCUUUUAUCUCUUUCUCCUGUUUGAUUAAUGCAGUUAUUCUUCUAUCCUCAAUAUUUAGCCUGAAUUUUCACAUGUUUUAAUGUACAAAUGCUACAAUGCACAGAGAUUUUUUUCCCCCCCCUGAGUUACAACAGAUUAUCCAUUGAAAGGGUCUUUUGCUUAACUGCCCAGAGUCUUGUGGGGCCAGCCAGACACUACUCCAGAUGGCAAGUUGUUAGGGCUGGACAGAAUGGCUUUGGAAGACUUCUCAGCAGAUGAAGGCUGUAAUGUUGGGAUUUUGCUGUUUGGCUUUUUCCCCCUGUAGUUCCCAGGGUGGGAAGGUGCUGGGAUGGCAGCAGCGUGCCGCCCGCCCACCUGCUGCCACCUGUUCAGCUCUUGCCGUUCCUAUAAAGCCUCGUCUGGUCCGCUCCACACAAUCCUUGCUGGCCAGCAGAGCCAGGAGAGAGAUCUCUCUUGGGAGGUCACGGCUCCAGAGCACAGCCCUUCAGCAUCGCAAAAUCCCCUCCUCGGCUGAAUCAGGACUUCUCUCACUGGAAACAGCCAUUUGGAGUUGUUGUGCCUUUAAUCCAGUAAGAUCCUUCUCGGGUUCAACGGACCGUUUUCGUCGUAACAUACAUUUUGAGAAUGGGGAUUUCAUUGUUUUCUCUCUCUUUUUGAGAUUUAAGAAAUUUAAAGAAUGAAAGCAUAAGGCAAAAAAAUGCUUCUUUCUUUCAACGAUAAGAAAAUUUUCAGAUGUUUCCAGAAGAAGUUCUAUUUUAUUAUAUUUAUUUUUUAGAAGGCAAGAAAAAUACCCCAUAAUUGAUAUCAGGAAACAGAUUCAAGUGGUACGAAGGCUACUCCAUGAGUGCUUUCCUUACCACUUUUUAGAAAGCGAAUUUUUGCUAGGUGAUCUCUGUGCGUGUGAAAGCGAAGCUGCAUGAAAACCUGUAACUCCAGUGAGCUGGCCUCGGGCGUGGAGCCGGGCGCGCGGUGCAGGAGCGGAGCGGGCUGUGCCGUGCGGUGCAGCUCGGAGAGGAUGGAGAACGCUGCCAGGAGGAGGCUGGCUGCCAACGCCCGCGAGAGGCGUCGCAUGCAGGGCCUCAACACGGCCUUCGACCGCCUGAGGAAGGUGGUUCCGCAGUGGGGGCAGGACAAGAAACUGUCCAAGUACGAGACCCUGCAGAUGGCUCUGAGCUACAUCAUGGCCCUGACCAGGAUCCUGGCCGAGGCCGAGAGGUUCAGCACUGAGCGAGAGUGGCUCAGCCUGCACUGUGAGCACUUCCACGGCGACAGCUACCACCGCUACCCGGCACCGAAACCCGCGGGCGACGGCGAGCCCUACGCGCACAGGGUGUUCAGCUACCACCCCGAGCACUUCCAGAUAGCUAACUAGAACUUGGUGCCACCUCAGUCUGCAGCAGGCCAGAUGUGUAAUUUAAUGAUUAGCAAGAGUUAAUCUGCUUGACUAAGGUAAUAUUGGCAUUAUAAUGGCUCAUUCUUGUUUGCAUCUUGCAGUCAUUUGACAAAAUAAAUUUGCUCUCAGAACAUAAAGUCAAAAGGUAUUUAAGAUGAAUGAAUUUAUGUAAUACCGGUGGAAAUUAUACUUUAAUUUGAAACAUUUCUGACAAUUGUUUCCUAGUUUAUCUAGUGUAUUUAAUGCUUUAAUUAAAAAGUUGGUUUUUUGGUUUUUUUUUUAACUGUGCUGAAUCACGACAGUAUUUCUACAGAUCAUGGGACAAGUUGACCCGUGGUGUAACUGAAUGGAAUAGCACUAGAAAUGGACCUCAUUCCGUGUUUUUCUUUUUAUGUCAGCUUUAAAGUUGUUCUUUAGUGUCUUUUUGCAUAAAUGGUUCACAUGGAAAAAGUUUUAUAAUGUAUUGGAGUUCUAGUCCUCAGAGAACUAACUUUCUUAAACUUUGUAAGUUUGACAUAUGGGUUCCAAAGUUGUGUAGGUUUGCUUUAAUCCAGUUUAUGGUGUCUCUUGUAUGCUCGAAAAAGAGCUGGUUUCAAGUCAUGGAAGGAAUGUUUUAUUUUCAAUGGCUGUAAAAACACGUGUGAUUGUAUACCAUAAAUGAGAAUGCUGAUGUGAAAAUAAUCUAAGCUUCUAGAUUUUUGUGGGCUUUAAAUGAUGGGAUUUUAUUUUUUAAUCUUAUGUUACCUGGAAACAAUAACAGAUUUUGUAAAUCUUAAAUAAAGUGUUUUAUAUGCUA